UCGUGGAGGCAGCAUUGGAUGUUCUUUGCCGUGGCGAGCGGUGCUUGCGCGGCGUUCAACGGCGUGUUUGCCAAGCUAACCACAACAGAGCUCACAUCAAAGCUCUCAACCGCCAUCGCCACAUCACUCAACAUCCAAACCCACUCCUCCAUUAUCUUCUUCAUCCUCAACCUAACCUUUAACGGCAUCAUGUGGUCCCUCUUCACAACAGCCCUCAAGAGAGGAAAAUCCGCAACCCAAGUCUCCAUCAUGAACACCUCCACAAACUUCCUCGUCACCGCAUUCACAGGCCUCGUCAUCUUCUCCGAGGCCCUGCCCCCGAUGUGGUGGGCCGGCGCGGCUCUCCUCGUUGCCGGCAGCGUCGUUGCCGGGCGCAAGGAUGAG